AUGGCUGUUGAUAAUAUUGUCCAUAUUGAACAUGACCGUGUGACAAACACAGUAUCAAAUGAUUACCCAGGCUAUCAUAAUUCAGAUGAAGAUUUCUCUUGGGAUUUAAAAAAAUUUCAAGAUAAAUUUGAUAUUAAUAUUUCAUACAUUAGUGAAAGAGUUGCAAAUUUUGAUCUUAUAAAUAUAGAUACUUCGAUUUCAAAUGCAUUCCGUCGUAUAAUGAUUGCUGAAGUCCCUUCAGUUGCUGCAGAACAAGUUUAUAUCUUUAACAACACAUCAGUUAUACAAGAUGAAGUUUUAUCACAUCGUAUAGGUUUAAUACCUUUAAAAGUUGAUCCAGAUUUAUUGAGUUGGAUUGAUACUUCAGUUGAUGAAAAAGAUCGUUUCACUGAUGCAAACACUGUUGUUUUAACUUUAGAUGUUUCAUGUACAAGAAAUCCUCAUGCUCCAAAAAAUUCAACAGAUCCAAAUGAAUUAUACAGAAAUAGUAAUGUUUAUGCAAAAGAUUUAAAAUUUGAACCACAAGGAAAUCAAUUGGAAAAUUUUAAAAAUCCUGUUGUUCCAGCAGAUCCAGAUAUUUUAUUGGCCAAAUUAAGACCUGGUCAAGAAAUUUCUUUAAGAGUUCACUGUAUAUUAGGUGUUGGAUCAGAUCAUGCUAAAUUUUCACCAGUUGCAACUGCAUCUUAUAGAUUAUUACCAGUUAUUGAUAUUACUAAACCAAUUGUUGGUGAAGAUGCUAAAAAAUUCCAAAAAUGUUUCUCAACAGGUGUUAUUGGUAUAGAUUCAAAAGGUGCAGCUUUUGUUAAAGAUGCUAGAAGAGAUACAGUCUCUAGAGAAGUUUUACGUCAUGAAGAAUUUAAUGGUAAAGUUAAAUUAGGUAGAAAAAGAGAUCAUUUCAUCUUUAAUGUUGAAUCUACUGGUGCUAUGUCUCCUGAAGAAAUUUUUUUCAAGAGUGUUAGAAUCUUGAAAAAUAAAGCUGAAUAUCUACGUAAUUGUCCAAUUGGUCGUUAA